GUAAUGGGCCCGUCCACCAUCCGCCACAGACGCCGCCAUAUUGUACAGAAGGAACGAGAGGCGUAACCACGCCAUUGUACGCAUCACGAUAUUUCUCGUCUGAUUGUACAGAGAAAGAGAAAAGUAAGUGGAAAUCCAGCACGCAAGAAUUCGGCCGCAACACGAACAUCAUUUUUUGUAAAUCUGGUGCAUCGCGAAGAAGACUACAGGACGCAAUAACAUCAGAAGUGAUUUAAAUGUAUGGACAACAUGUACAGUAACAAUAUAGACCCUUGGGAGCCGGGCUACGGGCCCGACCGAAGAGGACAUAAUUCUGAUUAUGACUAUCGCAACGAUUAUGGAAGCAGCAGAUCGCCAGAUUACGCGGAACAUCGCGACAAUGAUCAUCGGGAUAGGGAUCAUCGUAGUCCGGAAUACAGAAAUCAUCGUGGAAGAGAGAGAGAUCGCGAAAGAGAUCGCUCGAGAGACAGAAGGGAUCGCAGCAGAGAUGACAGGGAUCGUAGCUACAGAGACAGAGAAGAUCGUUACACGAGACAAAGGGAGAGAGAUUCCGUAGAAAGAGACAGAGAUCGGGAUCGUGAUCGCGACAGAGAUAGAGAUCGCUCUAGGAGAGACAGAGAUAGAGAUAGGGAUAGGGAUCGUAGAGGGAAGCGGGAGGACAGAGAUCGGGAUCGCGACGACGAUCAUAGCCGAGAAAGUAUGGACUUUGAGCACGACCAUGGACGUACUUAUGGUUCGUCCAUGGAAGGCAUCCACUACAAAUCUCAAUCUCCGAACAACACCAUAAUGAUUCGUGGGCUUGCUCAGCAUAUAACAGAAAAUGACGUACGGCAAGACAUCCUCAACUGUGGUCUCAUGCCCAAGGACAUCAGGCUGAUUCGUAAAAAGGACACAGGUGCUUCGCGAGGUUUUGCAUUCGUCGAGUUUAACGCGACUCAGGAGGCCGCACGGUGGAUGGAGAUGAAACAGGGAGUACUGAUGCUGCAGGACCAAUACCGUGCCUUGAUGCAGUACAGUAUACCGAAAGAUUGCCAUGUAGAUAAACCACCAGCAAAGAACACACAAGAUUGGCACUGUGUUAAGUGUGGCGCGCAUAAUUUCAAAAGACGCGAAACAUGCUUUAAGUGUUCCGCCUCGAGAGCAGAAAGCGAAGAAGGUGGAGAAGGCAGCGACGAAAUCAGCCCCCAUCCUACAAAUACCGUUCUUCUUCGAGGAUUGGACGUGUUGACAACCGAAGAUUCAGUCUUACAAGCGAUGAAAAAUCUUUCGUCGAUGCCGAUACGUAGUAUUCGUAUCGGACGCGAUUCUCUUACCAACACAUCGAGAGGUGUUUGCUAUCUAGAAAUGGGCAACGUAGUGGAUGCCAUGUAUUUACACACGGCCCUCACCAAGCAAGGACUGGUGGUAGAUGGCAGGAAGGUAGAGAUCACGUACUGCAAACUCCACCAAAUAAAUAACACCAACACGUGGAAGGCAAACGACAGUCAACCGCAAAGAUACACUUUAGAUGAUGUUGCUCAAUUGGCAGAGUAUAGUGCCAACUUAUACGCUAAGACACCUGCACAGAAAGCUCACUAUCUUCAGUAUUAUACACAAUAUUAUCAAAAUCAAAUAAUGCAAGGAUCCGCGAUUACGUUACCAUCUUUAAAUCAGACUGAUAGAGUGAACGCGGCAGCUGCCGUAGCACAAUCUGCUAUACAGCAGUUACAAGCAUCUAGAAAAUUAGGAGAUGCUGAUGAAAUGAAGAACAGACCAAUGCCUUCGGCACCUACUAGUACCUCGUUAGCGAGUGGAAGAGUGCCUGCGCAUGCCAGUGACGGUAAAGUAUACUCUGUACCAGACGUUAGUACCUAUCACUACGACGAAUCGUCUGGCUACUAUUACGAUCCGAGUACAGGAUUGUAUUACGAUCCCAAUUCGCAAUAUUAUUAUAAUAGUCACACGCAACAAUUCCUUUAUUGGGAUGCUGAGUCAUUCUCAUAUCAACCAGCGAAGACCGCUACAACUGUAACGCAAGCAACAGGAACCACGACUAGUGGAACUACAAUAACUGCCAUCGCUAGUAGCACCGACUCGACAAACACAAUCACCAAUCAAGCUACAACUUCGACGGUUACCAGUGCGGCUCAAGAAAUAUCGAGGGAGGACGAAAGUAAAAAGAAAGAUAGCAAGCAAGAUAAAGUGAAAGUAGCGAAGAAAAUAGCAAAAGAUAUGGAACGCUGGGCAAAGACAUUGAAUCAGAAGAAAGAAAAUGCGAAAAGCAAUUGGAAUUCCGAAUUUGCUGGUGGUGAUGGUAAUCAAGGAGUCGGGAGCGGGGCAGCGGACGCAGGUUACGCUAUAUUAGAGAAGAAAUCCCUAGCGACCUCUUACCACGAGGAUGAAGAUCAGAGUGGUAACAAUGGUUUGGUCGCUGCCUAUGGUGGUGGUAGUGACACGGAAGAGGAAAUAGAGGAUGUUCAACAAGAAGAAAGACAACACACGGAUUGGUCUAAAUUAGCUUGUUUAUUGUGUAAACGACAAUUUCCUAGCAAAGAAGCGUUGCUUCGUCAUCAACAAUUAUCCGAUCUUCACAAACAGAAUUUGGAGAACUGGUAUCAAGUACGUGGGUUGGAUCCGAACGACCCGCAGCAAAGAAAUAAUAAAUAUCGGGAUCGUGCUAAAGAGAGGAGGGCAAAAUACGGCGAGCCAGAGCCCCCUCAACCCAAUAAACUUAAAGAAAAAUACUUAAAGACUAGAGUAGAGGAUAUAUCCGUAUCUUACGAAGAACCCACGAGGGCUGGUAUUGGUUCGGAUAAUGUUGGCAAUAAAUUGUUACAAAAAAUGGGGUGGAGUGAAGGAAUGGGACUUGGAAAAUCUAAUCAAGGUAGGACGAGUAUCAUCGAGGCGGAAAGAAGAGUUCCUACCGCCGGUUUAGGUGCAAAAUCAUCGUCGUAUAGUGCGUUACCGGGGGAUACGUACAAAGAUUGCGUAAAGAAAAUGAUGUACGCGCGUUAUCAAGAACUUUCAGACUCAUAAUAUGCCGAAUAUCGUUGUACAUAGAUUUUAUGUAUACACACAAGUACUUGUACUCAAUUUUUCCAUAAAUUGGAUAGCUAUGCUGGAUACUAUGCUGGUUGGUUGUGUACUGAUAAUUAAGAACGGUGAUCAUCCAUUCUUGGAAAUAGAUUACAUUUUUUUUUAUAUAUAUCUUUCCUAUACGUUUUCAUGAUAUUACUUUACUUCUCUAUUCUAAGAUUCUUAGAAAAUAAUAAAUUGUAAUGUUAGUUUUUGGA